AUGCUGGCGCGCUCGACGACGAAGCUGGUGUCGGUGCUGCAGCGGCCGCAGGGCGUCAAGCCGCUGCUGGCUCGCUCCUUCGCACACCGCGUCAACAUGGUGCUCAAGGAGGACGUGCCCAAGCUCGGCUUCCGCGGCGACGAGGUGUCCGUGAAGGCGGGCUACGCGCGUAACUUUCUGUACCCGGAGAAGCUGGCGGUGUAUGCCACGGACGCCAACCGCGAGAAGUACAAGGGGGACAAGGAGUCGGUGGACGAGUCGGAGCUGGAGAAGGAGCAUGAGCUGGAGGCCAUCAUCUACCGCCUCAGCAACGUCGAGGUGGUGUUCAAGCGCCACACGGCCAGCAAGGCCGACGUCAAGCUGCACAGCGAGGUGAACGCGCAGAACAUCUCGGACAUGCUGGAGAAGCAGCACGGCCUGAUCGUGGGCGUGGCCCGCAUCGACCUGCCCACGCCCAUCAAGACGCUGGGCGAGCACACGGUCAAGGUGCGUGUGGACGACGCGAUCGAGGAGGAGUACGCCGCGGGCGCCGUGGUGUCGGCCGCGGACGAGGAGAAGGAGGCUGCCGGCGAGGCUGAGGCUGACGAGGAGAAGAAGCAGAAGGUGGGCCCGUCCAAGAAGAAGUGGGUGAGCCUCGCCAUUGAGGUCGAGAGACGGUAG